AUGAGGAAUUCAAAAUAUUACACGCUACUAACAGUAGCCCUUGUGACCUACUUUGGAGUUUCAAAACUGAUAUUUAACAAAAUCUACAACACCAUACAGACAGUUGUAGAUGAACUAUAUCAUUUACCGCAGGGCAUGAGCUAUUGCAACCAUAACUUCACAUAUUGGAAUGAAAAGAUCACUACACCACCGGGAUUAUAUCUUGUCUCUACAGCAUUCGUUUCACCGUACUUAACAUGCAACAUAUACAACUUGAGAUUUGUUAACUUGUUAGCAUCCUGUAUUAACUUAUUACUGUUCUCAUCUAUGUUGAGAUUUAUAUAUGGAAGUCACUCUGAGAGUCCCGUGAAGAUUGUACUGCAAGCGUUAAAUUUGACCAUUCUACCACCUAUGUACUUCUUCUCUCACAUCUAUUAUACAGACACUUUGUCUAUGACCUUCCUACUGGCUUUUUACAAGGCUUUGCUUUAG